CCCGAUACCUGCAGCCCUCCUAAGAGCAGUCAGGAUCUUUCUCUCCACAGAGAACCUGCUGUCCUUCCACACUCUUUUGUCUGUUCUUCCCGUGUCUUUCAGUGCUCCAGUCCCCCAUGGCUCAGCGGUGCUUCCACAGUGAAUAUUUUGACAGUCUGCUGCAUGCUUGCAAACCGUGUCGCCUGCGAUGUUCCAACCCUCCUGCACCCUGUCAGCCUUACUGUGAUCCAAGCAUGACCAGCUCAGUGAGAGGGACGUACACGGUUCUCUGGAUCUUCUUGGGCCUGACCUUGGUCGUCUGUUUGGCACUUUUCACACUCUCUUUCUUGCUGAGGAAGAUGAACCCGGAGGCCCUGAAGGACAAGCCUCAAAGCCCAGGCCAUCUUGACGGAUCCGUUCAGCUGGACAAGGCCGAUACUGAGCGGACUAAGAGCAGGGCUGGUGACGAAAGGAUUCUUCCCCGAAGCCUGGAGUAUACAGUGGAAGAGUGUACCUGUGAGGAUUGCAUCAAGAGCAACCCCAAGGGUGAUUCUGACCAUUUCUUCCCACUUCCAGCCAUGGAGGAGGGGGCGACCAUUCUUGUCACCACGAAAACGGGUGACUAUGGCAAGGGUAUGCCAAGUGCUUUGCAAAGUGUCAUGGGGAUGGAGAAGCCAGCUCACUCCAGAUAAUGAGCUUUCUAAUUGGUGGGAUGUGAAGCUGCUUUGAGAACCUUUUGUCAGAGGGAGAGCUGAUGGUGCUUUAGAAUGACUGUUUAUCAACUGAGAAUACAGCUUUUUGUCCUUUA